AUGAGCUAUGAAGACAUUGAGGAGGCACGAGCCAAGCGUACUGCGAAAGAUGCUACGAAGGGGAAGGGCAAAAGAGGUCGGAAGCGUAAGUUGACUGCGUUGGAGCCGAGCGAGCCAGACGUGGAGGCGGAGCCAGAAACGGCACAUGCUGUGAAGGAGUUCGUGGGUAAAAUGAGACGGGGCCGGAAGCGUAAGAUCAUGGUACAGAUAGCCAACGACACUGAAGCAGAACCAGAGCCAGAGCCAGAAGUGGCACCGGUGAUGGAAGCUCCAACACCAGUCAGGGCACCAGUGGCACGGAUGAUCUGA